UUAACACACAUUUUUCACAUCAAAAUCUCCUCUUUUACAUAAUUCUUCAUCUUUUUGCUUCAAUCAUGGCCGGAGGAAAGAAGACAAAAGCUUCGAAGAAGAAGGUCACCACCGAGGCUACGAGCUCUGCGCCUCAACCUUUCUCGUACCUGGACGGAUCCUUCUUGGAGUUUGGGUCAGAGGAAGAACUCACACGCUUCCUCACUCACUUCGCCAAGCGCCCGAUCUCUCCGCCCCGCAUGCUCCCGGAGUUGUUUCCCCAAGACAAAGGGUACCACGACCUCGACAACCAGCUCCAAGCGUUGGGUUUGUGGCUAUUCGUCUCCAAGAGCCGCUCGAGCUUCAAUCCCGCCUUCGUCCGGGCCUUCUACUCCAAUCUCCACCGUGACGGGGACACCAUACGCAGUAGCAUCAAUCUCUACGACAUAGAGAUUGAUUUGCCUACCUUUGCUCGGGUCGCAGGGCUGCCUAUCCGCAGUGACGACAUCGCAACUUAUGGUGGCGAGGAUUGGAUCCUCAACAACGAGGCGGUCGUGAUUCGUGAACUUGGGAUCACCAACUUGAUCCGCCACAGCGGCGCGCUGACGAUCCACUCGACCCCACCGGACAAGCGCCUCCUCCUCUACAUCAUCACCAGAAUUCUCCGCCCCCGGGACAGCAGCCAUACCUCGCUCUUCAACGUGGACUUGAAGGCGAUUCACGCCAUCAUCCACGGCGCCUCCAUCAAUUGGGCGAAAUUCGUGAUGAUCCACAUGGAGGAUUGCGCCUCCAUCGCCACUGAGCGGAGAUUGUCAUACGCCUUCCUCGUCAUGGACCUCAUCAUCUCCGCCGACAUCUCUAUCGCCGGCCCGGAUACGAAGAUGACGAAGAUUUGGAUCAUUCAAGACAGCACCUUCCAGAAGAAGUCCGGAGACAGGGACGGCGCAGGCCCAAGUCAUGCACCAGCCCACGCUCCCGCCAAGGCCUCUUUGCAAUCCAUAGCCGAUACUAUGAAUCGGCUAACCCUCACAGUGGAUGGCAUGGGGCAGUCAAUCGAGCGGAUGGACUUGACGUUGCAACGCCAACACCACGACAUGAUGGCAUACUUCUGUGGCGUCAACUACGUUCCGCCACCUUUCGACAGCACCAUUCUCGGCCAAAACUUUGAAGGCAAGGAUGAGGACGACAACUCCUACGCUCCGUCCUCCUCCCCCGACGAGGCCGACUUUGAAGAUGCGGUCGACAGCGAUCCCAUGGACGUCGAGGACGAUGAGGAUGCCGACGAGGACGCCGAUGCCUAGACUCUUCUUUUCUCUUCUUACUAUGAUUGUAUUUGCAUUCCGUUGUAUUCCGCAUUUCCCUUUUUAAUGAAUAAAAGUUUACUUUUAAAAUUCUAAAGUUUACUUUUAAUUCUUUUUGUAAAUGUCAAAAGGGGGAAGAUAUUAAGGUUAUGCAUAAAUUGAGGGGGAAUUU